UUCCCAGACAGAAGUGAGUCGCAGUGUCAACCCGUCUUCAUUAGAUCAGAGAGGAUUUUCUUUUUAAGGAUGCAGCUGCUUUUGAUUGCAAGUGUCCUUUUCACAGCCUGCUGUGCUGCUCCUCAAGAUUUGUCAGGUAAAAUGUUUACAUUUCCUGUGGAGUCCAAAGUUGCUCGUGCCAGACUCCUGCCAUCAGGAAAUAACUUCACCUCUGCAACAGUCUGCCUCAGGUUCUUUACUGACCUUACUCGAAAUUACGCUAUUUUUUCAACGGCAUCCACUGUCAAUAGCAAUGACUUCUUAAUCUUCAAAAAUGCAGACAAAGGUAGUUUUUUGGUAAACAUACGCAGCCAAAGCUCUACAUUUAAUGGCCUACCAGACGAGCCAAACACCUGGUACUCCAUCUGCAGCACCUGGGAUUCCAACUCUGGAUUGGUUCAGGUCUGGAUCAACGGGAAUCCAAGUACCAGGAAGAUCGGAUUCAAGGGGAAUCUGGUUGGAGAGCUAAACAUAGUGCUGGGACAAGAGCAGGACUCAGUGGAUGGAGGGUUUAAUGCAAAGCAGUCAUUUGUAGGGAUGAUCACUGAUGUCCAUAUGUGGGACUAUGUCCUUUCUGCUUGUGAGAUCCAGCGGUUUGCUAACGACCUGAACUUCACCCCUGGUGAUGUCAUCAACUGGCGAGCCCUUGAUUUCACCAUCGUUGGAGAUGUUGUCAUUGAGGACAGUCAGACAAAUGGCUGUUUUCAUUAGUGAUUAGUAAAUGAGUAAACAAAAAUCAGCAUACAUAUUAGUAUUGAAUAUUGUUCCAGAAAAUGUUUACUGCAUUCGAAAUCAUCAGCAUUUCAUGCAUACAGUAUUAUCAAUUAUUUUGUGUAACCUCUUUCAAAAAUGUAUCUGAUUAUGGUUAUGGUUAUGGUGGUGGUGCUUAGCAGACGCUUUUGUACAAAGCGACAUACAAACAAAGCAAAACAAUAAUUAAAUUUAGCAGUUGAUCAUACA